AUGAUUGCAUUCAAGGCAUUGAUCGCGAUACUUUUUACUCUCUUGUUUAUACAAUCUGUCACGCCCCUUGCUACGCGCGCUUCACAGACCGUCGCUGAUGCUGUUAACGUAAUACGAAGUCAACAAGGACUUCCGCUUGUGAACGAUAAUCCUACCUUGGACACUUUUUGCUAUAAUUAUCUUUAUGACUUGGCUAAAGGAACAAAAACUGAUCUUGUACAGGGCAAUGAGCUUAUUAGCGAACUUGCUGCAGUCGGUUAUUACGCUUCGUGGGCUGGAAUGGCUGGGUCAAAGGGAUACACGCCGGAAGAAUUGGUGUAUUCGCUUUAUCAAAACCCUGACACUUACCCAGCCCUUGUUUCUAAUGCUCUUACUGAUGUUGGUGCCGUGGACUAUAUUGCUAGUGAUGGCACUGAGUAUAUUGUGUCAGUAUUUGCCAUGGCAGCAGGACCCAGUAAUACAAAACGUGCAGUAAACCUUGCUGAUGCCUUUGGUGUUGAUUCCAAGUUUGCAGCCAAGUCGGGAGAAGAUCCUUCGAUUACAAACUGGAACGUUGGCUCUUUGUAA